AUGAAGCUUUUUGCACUUGCCGCAACCGCAACGGCUUACAGCUAUUCAAGCUACUCUAGCUCCUCCAGUUCUUCCUCCAGCUCCUCUAGCUCCUCCAGCUCCUCUUCUAGCUCGUCUUCUGGCUUCUAUACUCCAGACUACACUUGGGGCAACAAAGCCUGCUACCAUCAUAUCACGAACGACACGACGAUCACUACCCCCGGUUGGCCCUUCGACUAUGGCAACAACCAAGUUUGUGAGUGGGAAAUCGACGCUGGCGAUGUCUACGGCAUCAUGAUCACUAAACGAUCCUUCGAUCUCGAGUAUCAGUACAAUUGCAAGUAUGACUCUCUUCUGAUCGCGACUCCAGAUGAUUUCGACUCUGACGGAACACUCAUCAACGGCGACAUUUACUGCGGCACGAAUGAAAACCGAAAACGACGAGAUGCGACGAGCGAAGAAGAUGCAAGUCAAAAAUCAUCGCCUACCUAUCGACUCGGCGUUGAUCCUAAUUUCAACAUCUAUCACGACGGUUUUCCUUCCCACCCCGUUUUCAUCCCUGGAGGACAGGCCCGCCUUGCUUUCCAAAGUGAUUACUCGGUUUUUCGAGAAGGAUUCGAGCUAGACAUCCGCGUCAUCGAAACCCGACCACCAAUCGUCUGCCCUAACAGCGACUGGGUACCAAAUUCCUUGCUUACCGCCUGUAUCCCAAGAGCUUCGACUGUCGAUUGCGAUUCCACCGUGGUCACCAUCACCGCUCACGUGAACCAUCUUUACGCUAAUCUCCCCCGCUAUCGAUGGGAAGACGCCCGACUCAACAUCGGAGACUGCGAAGGAGAGAAUGCACCAUCCGCAGCUGGCUGGAUGACGGAAACAUUCGACUUAGGAGAAUGCGGCGGGGUCAUGACUCAAGCCGCGGAAAUCGCCGUCAACUGGAACGCUACCGGCCCCGCUAGCCUCCUCGAGACGGAAGGAAUCUUCAUUACUUCUCCUCUUGGCUUCAAAGCAGAAUGCGUCUACGCAAGCGAAGUGAACCUGAACGCCGACGCGAUUCAUGUCGACCAAUUUUUGAACGAAGUCGAGACCGUUGUUGAUACAAGCAACUUCGACGAUUACUUCAGAUUGAUCAUCUCUGGCGAACCGGGCGGAGAUGAAACUCAUGAUAUCAAUAUUGGUGAAAUGCUUUACGGAAGAGUCGAGUCUGACCUCGACCUCAGCCCAUAUCACUACGAAUACCAGCUCGUCAAAUGCACCGCCUGGAACAACACAGAACACACUGGCGUCUCUCACGAGAUCUAUCCCUAUCACUGCGCUCCCUCGACCGCUGUUGCUUUCGAUCCAGUCGACACUGAUGGCGGUUCCGGCGACGCUAUCGACUUUGAAUUCAAGAGUUUCACCUUCGACCAAUAUGAUGACUCCCUCUACGUGACAUGCGACAUAAAAAUCUGCGUCCAAGCCCCAUCCGGGGAAUUUUUGAAUGAUAACUGCUUCCGAGGACCUUGUGAUGAAUAA